CGAAAACCACCAAACUCAAAAAGACAGCUUCGUUUGCAAACAGGAAAAAAUGUUUUUCUUCCCCAGCGUCAUUCUUUGUUGCAAGUAGUUAGCAGUAGAGUAGUGCAGUUGUAACUCAGGAGUCAGGUCCUGCCUGAGCGUCCUCACGUAGAUCACAGUGGUGUGAAUUUCUUAUUGUUGGAUAGAUAUUUGGUAGAUUUGGAGCUGUCUCGCCAGUGAUGGCAUGCGUGGAUUCCAGUGACGAGGAAGACAAGUCCGCUUGCCAGGUGAGCUCAACUACUGUCAUCCUGGAGUCGGAUAUCUCUAGUCAAGCGAGCCACGUAACAACCGAAACCAGAGAUCAGGCCGUAGAGAGCACAGCCAAAAAUGCAACGGCGAAUUCCAAGCAGGGUGUACUCCCUAGUUCCAAGUUGGAAACUACGUAUCCAUCAGAUCUGGAGUGCGUGAGCGAAAAUGUGGAACUCAAGGGCUUUACGAAGUCCAGUUCAGACGCUGAAUCACUGUCUAACUCUAAGACUAAGGCUCCGACUGUACCUUCCCUGACUAUUCGAGGCAGGGUCAUGUCGGAUUGUACACAAGUGAAGAAGAUAAGGAAGAAGGUUGUCGCCAAAUUUGCGGAUGAAGCGGCUAAUGGUGAUGAAGAUGGUCUUGGCAAGGUUUCCUACAAUAAUCAUCAGAGUUCAAUGGCCAAGAAGCUUUCUCGAGUCCAGUUUAGUUUGUCCAAGUCCAUUAGUCUUGGCCUGGAUGGUGUCACCUCCAAGGUGGCUAACAUCAAGCGACAGCCAACUGGACGCAAGCACAGGCCUCGUGGAACUGGCAGUUUUGAUGACGCUCUUCUAGAACCAGAAGAUAGCAUGAAGUUUCGCAAAACCUGCGAGCGCAAGGGCACCAUGCGGCUCAAGUCUCCAACGCAGGAAGAGGAAUCGCACCCGAUGGUGAAGAAGUCGCGGAGUGCGUCCGACAUUACUUUCCGGGCCACGGUCCAGCGAAAGGGGACAGCGCGGCGUGUAGACAGUGCACCGAAACGGCGCCGGGCGUCCGACGAUGAAGAUUCGUUGGACAGCUGUGGAGACCUACCAUCAAGUUUUCAAGGGCAGACGGCACCGCGACGGGGCCCUAUGGCGCGGAUGGGCUUGGGCCGAAUGUUCAGUUCAGACUCGUCCGCAAAUGACAAGAAUGUUCCGAAGAGCCAGUCGAACCCAGUUGCCUGUCUGAACGCUACUCCCGGACACAAUCGUCGCAGUAAGCCCCCGGCGCACGUAUCAGCAUCCCGUGACACGAGCCCGUCGCGUAUCUCAACACUAAUGCGAAUGCUUAAGAUCAGCAAUGGUACAUAGCAGCAGCAGCAGCAGCAGCAGCAAUAUUGGGGAAGCGCAGAUAGCUAACCGAAUACCCAAGACUUCUGCAAUACUUGGACAAUAGAGAGACGGAACACAGUCUGUAAGUACAUCUGGGAAAAAAACUUUGCCUGUAGGAGUAACAUUUAAAAUUCUACACAACUCACACGGCUGGGUAUAACCCGUACGGUGACCAUGAUAAAACAUCCCAAAUUAGUUGUGUACAUACAUUUUAAUUCUAGCCUGGGAGAGCGGAAGAAGAGCAGAUGUGUGCAAGGUUAGUAGCUCAUUGAGUUUCUACGCGUUCGCUUGGCCAGCGUGCGCUUGACUCGUUGCCAGCAGUCAGCUGAUAUGGAGUUCCUGCUGAGGUUGAUGACGUUUAGUGUGCUGUUGUGCAGUAGUGCGUUGAGUAGGUGAUUAACGCCCUCGUCGCUUAGCCCCGUGCUCUCCAGGUCCAGCGUUGUCAGUGACGUGUUCUGUGACAGACCAGCAGCUAGGGACUGCAUGCCCUCGUCUCCAAUCUAUUCACAAACCAAGCAAAAUGCAAACAAAAUUUGAUGUGCAAGGCUUUUCUUCAGUGUGUUUAGUAUUCCACUUUUAUCUCACUUGCUCCUUUUCUCUAGCCCAGUUUCCUUUUGCUAUCAUUUAUUUAUUAAAGCUAAGAUGUAGACCAUUGCAAAUUUUACAGUUGUGGUCAUCUGUUGCACUUUAUUUUGCCCAACCUUGCCGAACGUAUGCGGAAUGUGAACCUCUACAUCGUGCAUUGGAUAAUUAUGCUGAAUUCA